AUGGCUAAAGAUGCGCGAAGAAAAGUUUUAAUUCUGCAAAUUGUUUGUGUCUUUCUUGCAUUAUUGUCAUUGGGUCUGCUGAUCGCAUUAAUUGUGGUGUCAACAAGAGAUAAGAAUGGAAGUUUGGAAAAUGGAUCGUCCUCCCAAGUCAAUGAUUUUUGCCCAGAUAACACACGGCUGAAACUUCAGUCAGUACGCUCCACGGGUCUAUUCAACGACUUAACCAAGGAUGAGAUCAUCGCUGUUCGUGACUACAUCCUGAGCCAGCCGUCCAUGAACGUUACACCUUAUGAACAAGCGGCCAUAAACAUGAACUUCAUAUACUUAAUUGAGCUGCAGCAACCACUUAAAGACGAAGCGCUUGCAUUUCUCGAUAGCAACAACGACGCCUUAAAGCCCGAACGCAAGGCUCGUGUCGUUAUUUUUAAUGGAGGAAAAGGUAACCCGGACGUAAAAGAAUAUCUCGUGAGUCCAGCUGCGAAACCGACCAAACAUGAAGAAACAACCGGCCCCGGUCAAAAAUAUCCGAUUCCGUUUGAUUCUCGCCCACCGGGAGGUAAGGAUAUCGAAGUUAUAGAACGCAUUGUCUUGAACGUAACAAAACAAGCCUUUGACUUGCUGAAGGAAAGCUUCGAUGGGUACACAUACAGUGGCUGUACUGACCGCUGCUUAGUAUGGUCCGAGUCUGCACCCGGACAGUCUGGCCACCGUGAGAAAUGGAUCUGGUUUGUUCGGAAACUACAGGGAAGCUACGUGCAUCCGGUUGGCUUUGAGAUCUAUCUUAACACACAAGGCAACGAUGUUUCCUUGUGGAAAGUUGAAAAAGUGUUCUAUUAUAAUCAGUCAUUUGAUAGUGUUGAAGAACUGAUGCAAGGUUACAAGAACGGCACUUUACACAAAGUCUUUCUCCCUGCGCCAUCUUCCUCGAGUGAAACGCCUUUGUACUCGUCUUAUUUUCAGCGAGGAAAACCACAACCCUCGAUACCCCUGAGACCACCCCAACUGGUUGAGCCCGAUGGUAAGCGCUAUACCGUCAGCGGAAGUCACGUGGAAUACAUGAAGUGGAGUUUUGAUUUUCGUUCCCGCAGUUCCACUGGGAUGCAGCUGUUUGAUAUCAAAUUCGACGGCGAAAGAAUCGUGUAUGAACUCAGUCUCCAGGAGGCUGCAGCAUUUUACUCAGGGUGGAGUCCCAUGCAGAUGAUGACCGAAUAUCUCGAUGCCUCCUGGGGCAUGGGCAGCAGCAAGUUUGAACUAGUCCCAGGCGUUGACUGCCCAAGCACGGCCACAUUCUUCGACACAAUUCAUUUUGUAAGCAGCAGUGAGCCAGCUACUUACCGGAAAUCGGUGUGUUUAUUUGAGCUUGACCUUGGUCUCCCGUUACGCAGACAUUUUGAUAACGACUUUGAGGGUGGUUACAAUUUCUACGGAGGAAUGCCAGGAAAUGCUUUAGUUUUGCGCUCCGUUUGCACUGCAUACAACUACGAUUAUAUUUAUGAUUAUUUGUUCUAUCCCAACGGUGUCGUGGAGGUCAGGGUGUCGACGAGUGGCUACGUGCAAGCUACCUAUUGGACGGCAAACGAGGCUCCGUACGGUACCGAGAUUCAUACUGGCGUUGCCGGAACUAUUCACGAUCAUUUGAUCAACUACAAAGUGGACUUAGACAUUGGAGGAAGAAAGAACUCCUUUGAGAAUAUCGACAUCAAAGUGGAAAACAUCUCUAAUCCCUGGUUUCCAGGCUCCAGAAGAAUACAAAAGGUGCUCAGUCGCAGCCUAAAGCAGACCGAACAAGAAGCCACCUAUCAUCAAAAUUUUGAACAUCCCAAGUACCUGAACUUUUUCAGCGAUGGAAACGUGAAUAAGAUGAACGUCAAUCGCGGUUAUCGUAUCCACAUCCGAGACAUGAUGAAACAAAUAUACCCCAAUGACUGGGAACUAAUGUCAGGAGCCAUCUGGACACAGAACCAGAUGACGGUCACUAAACGCAAAGAAGAGGAAGAGAGAAGCUCCUCCAUUUAUAACCAGAACAGCAUGCACGACCCCGUUGUGGAUUUCUCAAAAUUCACUGCAGAUAACGAAAAUAUAGUGAAUGAAGAUCUGGUUGCCUGGGUAACAGUGGGCGUGAUGCACAUACCUCAUUCCGAAGAUAUUCCGAACACUGCCACUGCAGCCAAUUCAGCCAGCUUUUUCCUGCGACCGUACAACUAUUUCAGCGAAGAUCCAUCCAUGUCGUCUCAAGAUGGAAUACUCAUUUUGCCCACCAAAAACGGCGCUGACGUCAACACAUUUGGAACUCCAGAUGGACCUUCGUGCGCUAUAAAAAACAAACCUGUGAAAUACACUGGUAAUUACGGAGGCGCAUAA